GAGGGACGAAGUGAAAAAGAGGCAAGCAAACAGUUUACAUCGUUAUUCCAGAAAGAUCCACAGCUGGCUGGUCUGACAGAGGCUGUUGGUGUAUUUAAGUGCGCAGGGAAAACAGGCAGCAAGAUUUUAGAGACGGGACAGUGCUGUAGGAGACCCAGAGACGAAAUGGACAUCGCCAUCCAGCAUCCCUGGUUUCGCCGCUCCUUCUGGCCUUCCUUCUUUCCAAGUCGGAUCUUUGACCAGCACUUUGGGGAACACAUCUCUGAGAGUGACAUGAUUCCCUCGCUGUACUACCAUCGGCCUUCUUCUUUUCUUCGCUGGCCAAGCUGGAUGGAGAGCGGACUGUCUGAGAUGAAAAUGGAAAAGGACCGCUUCUUGAUAAAUCUGGAUGUCAAACAUUUCACACCAGAGGAACUGUCAGUGAAAAUCAAUGGCGAUUUCAUUGAAAUUCGUGCGAAACAUGAGGAUCGUCAGGACGAUCAUGGUUUUGUCUCACGGGAGUUUCUAAGAAAAUACCGUUUUCCUGCUGGUGUGGAUCCAACCUCUGUCACUUCCUCUUUGUCUUCCGAUGGUGUCCUGACCGUGACGGCACCACGCAAGCAGUCAGAUGCCCCCGAGCGCACCAUUCCCAUCACCCAUGAUGACAAGAAGAAGUAAAGCUGGCCGACUUCCAGUGUUGAAACUUAAAUUUUUUUAGUAUUGCGAUGUUCUUUGUCUUUUCCACUCACUGUGCUUCUGCUCAAUCUAUCCUCCAAUGCUCAAUAUGAUCAGGCUACAGGGGAAUGAAUUAUCGCCCCUUCUUACCGAAAGGCUAAAUGAUUAAGUCUUUGCUAUAGUUUAGGCUGGUCAUUGGGUUGAAACUACACCAGUUCGGGUGGCAACGGUGACAACUUAAACGACUGUUAUCUAAACCAUUUUUAUGGAAAUAAAUGGUUACAAUAAAGUAUUGUCUCUGCUGUUUAUGCUGCAGUAGGUUGUGACCCUGCCACCAAACAAGAGAGUCCUUUGAUAUCCUGCAGCCAGUCUAUGCCGUUGAUCGCAUGACAUGCGAAUAAGUCUUAAGUGUGGGAUGAUUUUCCCUUGGAAUCUAUUAGGAACUAAGAUCUUCAAGAAGGUCAAUAACAAGUAUUUUAUAAAUUAGACAGCAAUGAGUUGAUGAGUUAUGUGUGUUAUUUGCCACAUUCACAUCAUCGUCUUAUAUCCAAAAGAGCUCAGUUGAGAAAUGUUGGGUGUUUGUUCUUAUAUUGUUUUUCAUAUCCAGAUACUUGUAUGGCUUUUAUGGUUUGAAGGGGAAUUAGCAAGUUAUCCUUUCAUUUAAGGGGGAUCAUUUUGGGACCAAAGGAGCAGGAUAAGUGAAUAAGUUCUUGAAAAGGUGCAAAAGUCUUUCUUUUGAUAGUAUGCAGAUGUGUUUUGUUCUGAAUGAAGGAGAUUAUGAUCGGUUGUCUGAUUGAAAUUUGAUGUUACAUUGUAGUGAUACAUUAUUUUACACUGCAUACUUUUAUCCAGAUAGAUAGAGCACCAAGAAGGGCCUUAAAACCAAGGGUUAACAACACCAGUCUUACUUACAGUAAUGCAGAGUUAAAGAAGUAAAAAGGCAUUUGAAUGUUAUUAUUCAGAAUGAAGAACUAUAACGAAGCUUUAUUUGUUUGCUCAUUUUGUAUGUUCACGUAUGUAUGUUUGUGUGUGUGAAUAAGCGGCAAAAUUUUCACAUUGUUUACAAUCAAUGAGACUAUUCAGUUUCUCAUUAAUGGCUGACUUAUUCAAAUACAGUAAAGCUGCUAAUACCAAACUGUAUCAGUCGUUUUGUGAUAAACUGGCUCUUAUAAAGACUUGGGAAAAUAUCUUUAUUUCCUCAUAUCUCUUAAAGCAAAGGCCUGCUACAAAACACCUGCUGCAUUUUUACAACUAGGAGGAUUAAGUGAGAAGGAGCAUAUGAGCAUUUGAAAAAACUUUCCACUGCUUUCUUAUUAAUCGCCGCUCCAAGCAUUUCAUUAACUUUUUAAUCUCAUGAAAUAAUUAUUAAUAAAAUCUUUAAUCAUUUAAAA